CAUAGUUCUAACCCUUUCUCAAGUCAGAGAUUUAAGUUUUUAAAAAGUGAGACUGAGAACUUUGGGAAACAGUGUUGGGAAGCAAUUUAGAAGGAUCGGACCCUUUCACAAUCUACGUAACUAUCCACUUUAGUUUAUAGCCCAACGGUAUUCCUCAGGUGUAGUCACUGGAUGGUUCAAAGAGAUGCCUCGCGGUGACUUCAAUGUUUAUUUUGCAAGCAGAGGACCCCAUGUCAGGACCGAAGAGGCAGCAGGCAUAGCUCUGUUGGUCUUCAUACUUGCAGCCCUUCUCAUCCUCGGAUGCUGGUAUUUUAGGAGGAGAUGUGGGUACAAAAUGAUUCGGAGCCCAAGAUCAGGGUCCCUGCCAAGAUUCAGUGGAGGACAGUUCAACGAGGGAGGAGCCACAGCAGAAAACAAGAUGGGCCUCAGUGACCUCCGACCUUUGGUUCCCAAUGCCCCUCCUGCAUAUGAGACGAUAUCAUCAGGACCCCUACCUCCUCCCUACUCCCCCUAAUAACAACAGUCCUCUGUGGAUAACCAAAAAGAUGAAAACUAUGAACUUAAUGUGUUGUCUUAUUUAAACUCUAUAUCAAUGAAGAAAAAGCCUUUGAUGAAAAUAUUAUUAGCAGUCUAUAUUUACAAUUACACAAUUUACCAUAUUUUACACGUUUUUUUACUAUCUUGUAUUUUUUUUUUUAUGUGUUUCUCCAAAACUUGUUUUGUGUGUUAUGUGUUCCUCAAGGUUAUAUUUCUGAAGGUUGCUCAGCAAACAAGACCCUUCUAUCAAUACUUGAAUAACAGUAUAUUAAUCGAUUACAACAAAGUCGUACUUAGGAAAUUGCUUGUUCAUUUAAGAUAACCAACGUAAAAAAUAAAAAAAAGUAUGUCUGCAAUUGAGAAUCCAUAGUAAUUUAAAGACAAUAACUUGGGCUUGAUCGUUGUUAUUUCAACAUGUACUUAUGAAGGGAUUUCAAAAGGAUGGAAUGGUUAUCCCCUAUAAAAUCCUGCACACACAUUUCAAUAAAAAUAUAAAGUUUA